GGCAGGGGGGUUGUGGUGGCCCCGCGGCGCACGCACAGCACCGGGUGCAGCCGCCGUCGCCUCCAGCCGCAGCAGCGCCCGUUCUCCUCCUCCUCCUUCCUCCUCCUCUUUCCUUCCUUCCUCCCGAAGCCAACCCUUCCUCCUCCUCCUCCUCUUCCUCCUCCUCAUCCCGGAGCCUUCCUCGCCCUCUUUCCCCGGCCCCGUGAAGAUGGUGGACCGCGAGCAGCUGGUGCAGAAGGCCCGGUUGGCCGAGCAAGCCGAGCGAUACGACGACAUGGCGGCCGCCAUGAAGAACGUGACGGAGCUGAACGAGCCCCUGUCCAACGAGGAGAGGAACCUGCUCUCGGUGGCCUACAAGAACGUGGUGGGGGCGCGGCGCUCCUCCUGGCGAGUCAUCAGCAGCAUCGAGCAGAAGACCUCCGCCGACGGCAACGAGAAGAAGAUCGAGAUGGUGAGGGCUUACCGCGAGAAGAUCGAGAAGGAGCUGGAAGCCGUCUGCCAGGACGUGCUGAGCCUGCUGGACAACUACCUGAUCAAGAACUGCAGCGAGACGCAGUACGAGAGCAAAGUCUUCUACCUGAAGAUGAAGGGGGACUAUUACCGCUACCUGGCCGAGGUGGCCACCGGCGAGAAGAGGGCGACCGUGGUGGAGUCCUCGGAGAAAGCCUAUAGCGAAGCCCACGAGAUCAGCAAGGAGCACAUGCAGCCCACCCACCCCAUCCGCCUGGGGCUGGCCCUCAACUACUCGGUUUUCUACUACGAGAUCCAGAACGCCCCGGAGCAGGCCUGCCACCUGGCCAAGACCGCCUUCGACGACGCCAUCGCCGAGCUCGACACCCUCAACGAGGACUCCUACAAGGACUCAACGCUCAUCAUGCAGCUCCUCCGCGACAACCUAACGCUCUGGACGAGCGAUCAGCAAGACGACGACGGCGGCGAAGGCAACAACUAAGGAAGCAACCCCCCCCCCCUUAAACCUGGAUGGACUGGCAGCCGCACGCUGAUGCUAACUACUGCAGUCUUUCAUUUGUUUCCCACCAGUGGGGGAGGGGGUUCAGGGGGUUGGGGGGGGGGAGGGGAGGGACAGGGAAGAAGGGGAGGGGAGGGGGGGGGGAGGGGAAAAAUCAAACCCUUCCCCGGGAGGGCUUCCCCGCACCCCACACCCCCCACGACCUGUCCUUGAUUGCCUCUCGUUGACGUUUUUUUGCCAAAACACCACUAGUGGAAGUCAGGCUGUGGCUGUGUGCUGGUAUGGAAUUGCAGCCUCACUGGCGUAUGGACUGUUCUGUAGAUUUAAUUAAUCCAAGUGGAGCUGUCUUUAAUUUAAACUUUAUUGCUAGAAAUCAAAACAAACAAACAAACAAACAAACAAAAAAAAAAACCCCAACAAAACACACAGGGAAAAAAAAAAAAGGAAAAAAAAAAAGAUAAAAAAGAGGAAAAAAAACAAAAAAAAAAAAAGAGGGUUUUUUUUUUGUUGUUGUUGAUAUUGAGUCUGAUCCACCUGGCUGGAAUGGCCCUCGAGUGGAAGGGAAGGAAAUCUCCAGCCACAAAAAAAAACACACACACACACA